CAUUAUCUAUCUAAUAUCUACCAAACCUAACAAAACCAAUCUCAUCCCACGCCCCCAACCUCCAGUAAGUAUUUCCCCUCCCCGCAACAACCACCGUCGCCGUCACCACUACCAGUAAAUGGCGACAGAAUUCGAAGACGGUUUCCCCGCCGAAAAACUCUUCAACCAAGGCUACUCCUACACAUACGAUGAUGUCAUUUUCCUCCCUCAUUACAUCGACUUCCCAACCGACGCCGUUAACCUCUCAACUAAACUCUCCCGCAAUGUCCCCCUCUCUAUCCCAUGGGUUUCCUCUCCCAUGGAUACCGUCACUGAGUCCUACAUGGCUUCAGCGAUGGCGGCGCUAGGUGGAAUUGGGAUUAUUCACUCUAAUGUAACGCCGUCUGAGCAAGCUGAUAUGAUCAGAUCCGUUAAGUCACGCCGCGUGCCUAUAUUGUCGAGUCCAGUUUUUAAGGCGCCUGAUUCACGGAUUGCUGACGAGUUUGACAGCCAUGAUGUUCCUUUUGUUCUUGUCACUCAAUCAGGGACUCAGAAGACGAAGUUGCUGGGAUAUGUUGCGAAGUCUGAUUGGCUGGGGUUGAAAGAUAAAGAAAUUAAAUUGGGGGAGGUCAUGCACACGGAUGCGAACGUGUGCGUGCCGUGGGAUUAUGAUUUGACGCAGAUUGAUGAGAAGUUAAAAGAGGAAGGGCGUGGUUUUGUGGUGGUGGAGAAGGAGGGAGGAGAAGUGGUGGAUGCGGUGACGAAGGAGGAGGUUGAAAGGUUGAAGGGAUAUCCUAAGCUAGGGAAGGGAACGGUGGGGUCUGAUGGGAGGUGGAUGGUUGGGGCGGCGAUUGGGACAAGGGAGUCGGACAAGGAGAGGUUGGAGCAGUUGGUUAAAGCAGGGGUUGAUGUUAUUGUGCUGGAUAGUUCACAAGGGAAUUCUGUUUAUCAGGUUGAGAUGAUUAAGUAUGUGAAACAGGCCUAUCCGGAGCUGGAUGUGGUUGGUGGGAAUGUGGUGACGAUGAGUCAAGCACAGAAUUUGAUCAAGGCAGGUGUAGAUGGGUUGAGAGUUGGUAUGGGGUCUGGGUCCAUAUGCACCACACAAGAGGUUUGUGCAGUUGGGCGAGGACAGGCAACUGCUGUUUACAAGGUUUCAUCCAUUGCCUCACAAAGUGGCAUUCCUGUCAUUGCAGAUGGUGGCAUUUCAUUCUCAGGGCAUAUUGUCAAAGCCCUGGUGCUUGGGGCAUCUACUGUAAUGAUGGGAAGCUUUUUAGCUGGAAGUACUGAAGCUCCUGGGGCUUAUGAGUACGAUGAGAAGAAAAAAUGCCGGGUUAAAAAAUAUCGUGGCAUGGGCUCCCUUGAAGCAAUGACUAAAGGAAGUGAUCAAAGAUACCUGGGUGAUACUGCUAAGCUAAAGAUUGCUCAGGGAGUUGUAGGAGCAGUUGCUGAUAAAGGUUCUGUUUUGAAGUUAGUACCUUACACUAUGCAAGCAGUAAAGCAAGGGUUCCAGGAUCUUGGUGCUUCCUCGUUGCAGUCUGCUCAUGAUUUGUUAAGGUCGAAGACACUUAGGCUUGAGGUACGGACAGCAGCAGCCCAAGUUGAAGGUGGAGUUCAUGGACUGACUUCACAUGAGAAGAAAGCCUUUUGAAUGUAACCUGUCCGGCAUUUAUUGCUACUGAUAACGACCAGUUCUAAAUUCCGAAGUGAUAUUUGAGUGUGAGUAGCGUUUAAUUGAACCGCACGCCGCACGAAUCUUGAAGGAGCUGUGCCAAUUUGACAUGGGCUCCUUUGUGAAAGUCAUGAGCGGUUUCUGCUGGGAAUACCAGAAGUGCCUUGAUGAUCUUUGCCCCUUGUUGCCAGGCAUGAGAGCAAUCACCUGCGUGUAUUUUAUCGGUUGUCCUAUUUAAGUGUAAGAGAAUUUGAUGAAUUAAUUAACCAAUUUUGCACUCUGCUCCUCAAACAAACAAUUCUUUGUUUUUUU